AUGACACACCUCUGGCUGCUGUUAUUUCUCAACUCAUGGCUUCAAAGUAAAGCUCAGGGUUUUGGCAUUAAUCUCAUUAAAGUACCAGACGAUGAUCGGGCACAAAUUGUUUGUACCGUUGCUUUGUUGGGGAAAUAUUUUCAUUCUGGAGAAGCACUCUCCGGAUCGGUGCUACAUAUGAGCAUUACCUCAGCUAAUGCACACGUGCAGGAAUCAUUGUUAUAUGCGUUGCAUACUAAUCCAAAUUAUCCUUGGACCAUAGUGGUAAAAGAUACUCAUCGAGAUAGUGAUAUGGAGGUAAAAUUACAACAUAUUUUGCAUGAAAAGCCCCAGUGUUAUUUUUUUGUCAUUGAAAAUAUGGAAGAUGAAGAUAUGGAUGAGGUUUUUGAAAGUUGGAAGUCUAACUUGAAUUGGAAUCCCUUGGCUCAGUUUGUGGUCUAUUUUUCAUCGGUAGAGGAAACUGAGGAGGAAAUGACGGAUAUUAUGAUAGAGAUUUUGUUAAAUUUUAUGAAUAAGAAAAUCUAUAACGUUAAUAUAAUAGGACAAAGUGAAGAGAGUAGUUUUUAUUUUGGUAAAACGGUGUUUCCCUAUCAUCCGGAUAAUAAUUGUGGCAAUCGGGUUAUUUCGAUAGAGACCUUGGAUAUUUGUGAUUAUCAGGAAAGUGAAAAAGAAGAAAAUGAGGAAGAAGAAGGAGAGGAAGAAGAGGAUAAUGAUGAAAUGGAAGAAGAGGAUAAUGAUGAAACGGAAAAGGAACUAGAAGACGGGAAAGAUAUAAAUGAAGACGGCAAAAAUAAUACAGAUAAUCAGGAUUCAUCAAAAUCUAAUGAAAGUAAUGUACAGGAGGGUGGAGAAAAUGUAACUGGCGAAGAGCAGACCGAAAUAGACAUUGAUAAUCUAAGUCCCUCUAAAUCUAAUGAAGAUAAAGAAAAGGAAGGUGGCGAGAAAGAACAGGAAGAGAAAGAAAAUGAGAAAGAUGAUACAAUUACGCAAUCCUCCAAAUCAAACGAAGAGGAAAAUAAAGAAGUAAAACAGGAUAAGGAAAAUUACAAAAUAUCUCUCAAUAGCUAUAAUUAUAAUCAAAAGAGUUCAACUAAAAGCACUAACAUGCAAUCAAAUGAUGUAGAAUAUAUUGAUAAUAUAGACUUCGCAGAGGAUUACAAAACUCUUGCCUACAAGAGCAAUGCUACACAACACGCAUCCGAGUAUCCAAAAAUUUAUAUUGAAGAAUUAUAUCGAGCUUUAUUUUUAGAUAAAUUUCCCAAAGACUUAAGUGGUUGUCCAUUAGUUGCUGCCUAUCGGCCCUGGGAACCCUAUAUAUUUAACGAAGCUUUAGACAAUAGUCUCUAUUCAACCUCAACGGGAAAUAAUCACACGUCUUACAAUAGCACUUACGAUGGAGAUGAGGAUAUCGAUGCAAAUGAUGACGAUAACGAUGACUAUAUCACUUAUAACGAACAACAAGACAUAGAUGCGGAAACACCGGGAUCCUCCUCGGAAAUACGUUUGAAUGGUAUUGAAUAUAAAAUGAUACAAACUAUAGCAGAACGUUUGCAUAUAAGCAUUGAAAUGCAGCCCCAGUGUUAUUUUUUUGUCAUUGAAAAUAUGGAAGAUGAAGAUAUGGAUGAGGUUUUUGAAAGUUGGAAGUCUAACUUGAAUUGGAAUCCCUUGGCUCAGUUUGUGGUCUAUUUUUCAUCGGUAGAGGAAACUGAGGAGGAAAUGACGGAUAUUAUGAUAGAGAUUUUGUUAAAUUUUAUGAAUAAGAAAAUCUAUAACGUUAAUAUAAUAGGACAAAGUGAAGAGAGUAGUUUUUAUUUUGGUAAAACGGUGUUUCCCUAUCAUCCGGAUAAUAAUUGUGGCAAUCGGGUUAUUUCGAUAGAGACCUUGGAUAUUUGUGAUUAUCAGGAAAGUGAAAAAGAAGAAAAUGAGGAAGAAGAAGGAGAGGAAGAAGAGGAUAAUGAUGAAAUGGAAGAAGAGGAUAAUGAUGAAACGGAAAAGGAACUAGAAGACGGGAAAGAUAUAAAUGAAGACGGCAAAAAUAAUACAGAUAAUCAGGAUUCAUCAAAAUCUAAUGAAAGUAAUGUACAGGAGGGUGGAGAAAAUGUAACUGGCGAAGAGCAGACCGAAAUAGACAUUGAUAAUCUAAGUCCCUCUAAAUCUAAUGAAGAUAAAGAAAAGGAAGGUGGCGAGAAAGAACAGGAAGAGAAAGAAAAUGAGAAAGAUGAUACAAUUACGCAAUCCUCCAAAUCAAACGAAGAGGAAAAUAAAGAAGUAAAACAGGAUAAGGAAAAUUACAAAAUAUCUCUCAAUAGCUAUAAUUAUAAUCAAAAGAGUUCAACUAAAAGCACUAACAUGCAAUCAAAUGAUGUAGAAUAUAUUGAUAAUAUAGACUUCGCAGAGGAUUACAAAACUCUUGCCUACAAGAGCAAUGCUACACAACACGCAUCCGAGUAUCCAAAAAUUUAUAUUGAAGAAUUAUAUCGAGCUUUAUUUUUAGAUAAAUUUCCCAAAGACUUAAGUGGUUGUCCAUUAGUUGCUGCCUAUCGGCCCUGGGAACCCUAUAUAUUUAACGAAGCUUUAGACAAUAGUCUCUAUUCAACCUCAACGGGAAAUAAUCACACGUCUUACAAUAGCACUUACGAUGGAGAUGAGGAUAUCGAUGCAAAUGAUGACGAUAACGAUGACUAUAUCACUUAUAACGAACAACAAGACAUAGAUGCGGAAACACCGGGAUCCUCCUCGGAAAUACGUUUGAAUGGUAUUGAAUAUAAAAUGAUACAAACUAUAGCAGAACGUUUGCAUAUAAGCAUUGAAAUGCAGGUGGAGAAUACAAAUCUUUAUCACCUUUUUCAGCAGCUAAUAGAUGGCGAUAUUGAAAUGGUUGUUGGUGGCAUUGAUGAGGAUCCCAGCAUAAGCCAAUUUGUGUCCAGUACCAUACCCUAUCAUCAAGAUGACUUGACUUGGUGUGUGUCCAGAGCUCAUCAUACCACCAAUCUAUUUAACUUUAUGGCAACAUUUCAAAUUGGUGCCUGGAUACUCACCCUAAUCUUUAUACUAACAGCCUCAUUGAGUAUUUUAAUGUCCCAACAAUAUCUACGUUUGCAUUUGGGUUUUCUUAAAAGUUAUUUCAGCAUCAAUGUCUAUGUAAUGGGCAUUAUACUAAGUCAGGCCAUAAACUUGCGACCAAUACCAACCAGUUUAAAGUUGUGUUUUGGUGCAACAUUUUUCAUGGGUCUCAUGUUUAGCAAUAUUUAUCAGAGUUUUUUGGUCAGUACAUUGACAACGCCUAAGUCAUCGUAUCAAAUUAGUCAUUUAAAUGAGAUUUAUCAGAAUCGCAUGCACAUCAUGGGCAGUGUGGACAACGUAAGACAUUUAAAUAAGGAAGGAGAGAUCUAUCGUUAUGUGCGCGAACAUUUUCAAAUGUGCUACAAUAUUGAAGAGUGCUUACAGCGUGCCGCCAAAGACACAAAACUGGCUGUGGCCGUUUCACGUCAACACUCCUUCUACAAUCCUCGUAUACCGCGCGACAAUCUCUACUGCUUUGAUCGCAAUGAAAACAUUUACGUUUAUUUGGUGACAAUGUUGAUGCCAAAGAAAUUUCAUUUAUUGCACAAAAUCAAUCCGGUCAUACAGCAUAUCAUCGAAUCAGGUCACAUGCAAAAAUGGGCACGUGAUUUAGACAUGCGCCGCAAGAUUAGCGAAGAAAUACAACGUGCUCGUGAGGAACCGUUUAAGAGUUUGACACUCUCACAAGUUGCUGGUAGUUUUGUAUUCAAUGGCCUUUUAUUGUUGUUCGCCACAUGGAUGUUUGUCAUGGAACAUGCAGUUUAUUGGUUGGUUGUUAGACGUAGGACCAGAUUAAAGUUGGCCAAAUAUAUGCAUAGGAAAUUGGUUUGAAUUGUUUGUUUGUGAGCAAAGCAGGCUGAUGUAAACAAGUCUGCAGUGUUUUCGUGAAUUUCUGAAUUAAAUGUUGAAAAUUAAAAGUAAAAUUUAUUUAUAUGUAAACUCCAUUUAAUGUUUUGAUAAAUUGUACAUUUAAAACAAAAUUAAAUUUUUA